UAAUAAAUAAUUAAAAGUAGUUUUCGAGGUGUCGUAUUUUGUCGCUAAAUUGUAAAUUAUUUUAAUAGAAAAGAUAAGAUAAUAAUUGUACGUAAAUCAAUUCCAAAUACAUAUUAGCAUAUUGAUAAAGUUAACAAUGGAUAAAAAUAGUUGUAAAUAGUAAAUUCCGAGCUGUGUGGUGACGUUUUCUUGUCAGAAUGGAACAUUUUGGCUUAUCUCAUAUUUUAUACGAGCCAGAUAAAUAUAGUCCCGAUACAUUGGACUUAUUAAAUGACGAAGAAGCAAGAGAAUAUUGGCUGAAUACCUGCGAGAAGUUGGUUGAGAAAUAUGUUAAUUUUGCCCUCUCCAAUACUGAAGAUCCGACUGUUGAAAUACGAGCUUUAAAAUUCAAGACUUGCUACAUAGAGGCUUUAAAGGAACUUAGAAUAAAUCCUCUUGCUCAUGGACAGUUGACUAUACGAUUACUUCUUGACAUCAAUGAAACAUGCCUUCGUUCUCAGGGAUUUUUUGAUUUAUGGAAACAGCAAAAAAAGUAUGAAAACGAAACUGCACUUGCUACUCUUGCUGUAAGAUUGGCAGAAAUUGAUGCACUGCCAGAUGAUAGACAAAGAUGGACUGAGUUAUGUAGAGGAGUCCUAGCUGGUAAUAUGUUUGACUGGGGAGCACAAGCUGUAACUUCAAUAUUAAAUUGUGGGCUCUAUGAAGCUCUUGACAAGAUUCAACAGAGGCCUUGGCUACAUGAUGGACUAGACAAGUGGAUGGAAAAGUUAGAGAAAACUGUCCAUCACUGUGCUGCUGUUUUUGUUGAUAACAGUGGUGUUGAUAUAGUAUUAGGCAUUUUGCCAUUUGUGAGAGCGCUGCUGUUAAGAGGCACUUCAGUGAUACUCUGUGCUAAUGAGUGGCCAGCGCUCAAUGACAUCACCAAUGUUGAGCUGGAAGAAGUACUGCAACAUGCUUCCCUCAUUUGCCCUGUCAUAGCAGCUGCUAUGGCUACUGGGGAUUUAGUUGUUAGGUCUAGUGGACAAAGAGGUCCUUGUCUUGAUCUCAGAACCAUCAGUGUAGGUCUUUGCACUGAAAUGAAGAUGAGAGGAGUAGAUUUAAUAAUUUUAGAAGGAAUGGGUAGAGCUUUACAUACAAAUUUAAACGCUCGCCUCGCUGUUGAUUCUCUGAAAUUGGCUGUUGUAAAAAAUGCUUGGUUAGCUCAGAGACUUGGUGGUCCAUUGUUUUCAGUAAUUUUUCUUUAUGAAGAUAAACCUUCAGAAACAUAACAUAUUAUUCAGUAAUUUUUCUUUAUGAAGAUAAACCUUCAGAAACAUAACAUAUUAACUCAAUUACCGUAACAAAUACAGUAUUUCUUGUAAAAUCAACAUUUUAUUUACCUAUCUAUAAUUUUUUUUGUAAUCAAACAUUCACAUUUUUGAAUGUUUAACCAUUCAUGUUGAUGUCCUACGACUUUUUUGGAAUAUAUUGAGUGUUACCCUGGAA